UCCAAUUAGAUUAAGCGCUGUUGCACCAAUCACAAACGCUCUGCUGCAUUCCUCUGGAAAGUAGAAGAAGGGCGAGUGCUAUCGUAUUCCCUCAUUCUCUGUGAAAGACUUGCUGAGUGUGUGAAAUGUUUGGACGAGGGAAAACCGGUGGCAAGGCCAAGAGUAAACCCAAGUCUCGCUCUUCCCGGGCUGGACUGCAGUUCCUGGUAGGCUGGGUUCACAGACUCCUGAGAAAGGGCAACUAUGCUGAGCGGGUGGGUGCCGGAGCCCCGGUAUAUCUGGCUGCUGUGCUCGAGUAUCUGACGGCCGAAAUCCUCGAAUUGGCCGGCAACGCGGCCCGGGACAAUAAGAAGACCCGCAUCAUCCCCCGACACCUGCAGCUGGCCGUCCGCAACGACGAGGAGCUCAACAAGCUGCUGGGAGGGGUGACUAUCGCUCAGGAUGGUGUGUUACCCAACAUCCAGGCCAUCCUGUUGCCCAAGAAAAUCGGCGGCGCCAGUAAGUAA